AGUAACAAUCUGAUCUCUCUUUCUUUUCCCCACAACACUUAUAUAAUGUAUCAUUAUCUAUAUGUUAAAUACUAUACAUAUAAUAAGGUGUUGAAUCUUUUUUUUUUGAGAGGGAGUUUUGCUUUUGUCACCCAGGCUGGAAUACAAUGGCGCGAUCUUGGCUUACUGCAACCUCCGUCUCCCAGGUACAAGCGAUUCUCUUGCCUCAGCCUCCCGAGUAGCUGGUAUUACAGGCGUGUGCCACCAUGCCCGGCUAAUUUUUGUAUUUUUAGUAGAGACGGGGUUUCACCAUGUUGGCCAGGCUGGUGUCCAACUUCUGACCUCCAGUGAUCCACUCGCCUCGGCUUCCCAAAGUGCUGGGAUUACAGGUGUGAGCCACUGCGCCGGCACGUGUUUAAUCUUGGCAACAACCUUUUGAUCAACGAGGAAAUACUAACAAGGGACAGCUCUGUGGUUUCUGCUAUCGAAAGUUUGGUGGUUUUUCACUAUCAAAUUCUGACUUCCAUUACCAUCACCUACAUACAAAUCCAGUUCCAACUCCCACCCCAACCCAGGCCAUGAGCUCUAAUGGAGAAUAUAUAUCAAGGUCAUUUGCACCUUUGUUGCCAAAACUCAAUGCAGUACCCUGAAAAUAGCAGAUAUUUUAAAAAUGACCUGACGAAUUCAGAUCCCCGUCUACUGCACCGUCUCUACACUAAACCGCGCUAUUGCACCUUUCAAGUCUUCCUUACUGGUGUGUUCCCUAUCUCCGUGGCUCAUCAAAGGAGGUCCCCAAAACCCAGUUCCCCAACCAACUGAAUCCUGCAAUAACAGCUUCUCAGGACCCGAGAGAGACCGCUUCUGGGUGCUGUUAAAAAGCAGAUGGGUUGAGAGUUGGAGCAUAUAUUCAGAGACUGAGUAUCCGAAAGGGACUAUUCAGACCAGCCUUGAUAGAAGCAGAACUCUGAAUAUGCUGAUUUUAUCUACAUCAAAAGCUCCAAACCGGAAAAGACAAAUAUCAACUGGAAAGCAUUAUAUAACAUUUUAUUUAACGUCUUUUCCGGUAGACAGUAAGCUCUACGAGGGCGGGGCUCAACAAACAUUUACGAGUGGCUUAAAUGAAAGGACGUGCGUGGGCACACCGCAGGGACUAAUCGUGUUAGGCCUCUCUCCAAGGCCUAUGAUCCCCACCGGCGACUCGCCACGCUCCUGAAGCUGAACACCGCGCAGGGCCUAAGGUCGGACACCCUCUGGCUGAGGUUCACGACGCACCCAUUUUUCCCCUCCCUCCGCCAGGGCCGGCUCGGGCGUCCGUCCCAGCCUCGCGCGCCAGCCCCUGUCGGCCCCGGCCUGCACCUUCAUCCCCAGGACGUCCCGAUAGAAACGCGCCGUCUGGAAGCGGUUUCCCACUUUGAAUACGAAGUGCAGAGCUCUGCGAGCAGCCAUGAUCCCCGCCGCACGCAGCCGUCACGCGCACGGUACAGCCCAGUCCAGGAAGGGCGCCACGGGACGUGACGUCACUGGCCGCCGACGGCGCGCUUUCGUGACGCAGCCCGGGCCGCAGGGAAGAUGGCGGCGCUGGUGAAACCCGGGAGGUUUGUCGUGCGACCGUUGCUGCAGGUGGUCCAGGCUUGGGACCUUGACGCGAGGCGCUGGGUCCGGGCGCUGCGGCGGAGCCCAGUGAAAGUGGUGUUUCCUUCCGGAGAGGUGGUGGAACAGAAGCGCGCUCCUGGGAAGCAGCCCCGCAAGGCAGCAUCUGAGGCCAGUACCCGGGAGCAACGAGAGAAACAACCGCUCGAGGAGUCCGCAUCCCACGCUCCCAGCACCUGGGAAGAGUCUGGGCUUCGCUACGAUAAAGCUUAUUCCGGGGACAGGAGGCUGAGCAGUGUAAUGACAAUAGUAAAGUCCAGGCCAUUUCGGGAAAAACAAGGGAAGAUCCUGCUGGAAGGUCGCAGGCUCAUUGCAGACGCUCUCAAGGCUGGAGCUGUGCCAAAAAUGUUCUUCUUUAGCCGUCUAGAAUACCUAAAGGAGCUGCCAGUCGAUAAGCUGAAAGGUGUCAGCCUCAUUAAGGUGAAAUUUGAGGAUAUCAAGGAUUGGUCCGACCUCGUAACGCCACAAGGAAUAAUGGGGAUUUUUGCCAAACCUGACCAUGUUAAGAUGACAUAUCCAAAGACUCAGCUUCAGCAUUCACUGCCUUUAUUAUUGAUUUGUGACAAUCUCCGUGACCCUGGGAACCUGGGGACAAUUCUGAGAUCUGCAGCUGGGGCAGGCUGCAGCAAAGUGUUACUCACCAAAGGCUGUGUGGAUGCCUGGGAGCCCAAAGUGCUCCGGGCGGGUAUGGGCGCACAUUUCCAGGUGCCCAUUAUCAAUAAUCUAGAAUGGGAAACCGUGCCCAAUUACCUGCCCCCUGACACCCGGGUCUACGUGGCUGACAACUGUGGCCUUUAUGCCCAGGCUGAGAUGUCUAAUAAAGCUAGUGACCAUGGCUGGGUGUGUGAUCAACGAGUGCUGAAGUUUCACAAGUAUGAAGAAGAGGAAGAUGUAGAAACUGGAGCCAGUCAAGAUUGGCUGCCUGAUGUUGAGGUUCAGAGUUACGACUCGGACUGGACAGAGGCACCAGCAGCUGUGGUGAUUGGCGGGGAGACCUACGGCGUGAGCCUGGAGUCCCUGCAGCUGGCCGAGAGCACUGGUGGCAAGAGGCUGCUGAUCCCCGUUGUGCCUGGUGUGGACAGCCUCAACUCGGCCAUGGCGGCAAGCAUCCUGCUUUUCGAAGGGAAAAGACAGCUGCGGGGGAAGGCGGAGGACUUAAGCAGGGACAGGAGUUACCACUGAGAAGGACGCAGAAGUGACUUCUGCUUGAGGACGUCUCCAGCUCCUCCUACACCAGCACACUGGUGGGAGGCUGGCGGAGUCAGUGACUAUGGCCCCAUGUUCAGGAGGAAGGUGUGAUGCCGUCAUACAGUUACGGGAAAAAUAAGAACUUCCUCAGAAAGAACAGGUCCGAAUUCUUCCUGUCGCGUCACUGAUUUCGAGGUUCUAUCUUUUUUCUCUUGGUGACAAUACAAAUAGGUGACCCACGUGGCUCUGUGUGUUUUUAAAAAUUGUCCACCAAGAAGCACUUUGUGCCCAGAAAGUUCCUGAAGCAUCAUCCUGGCAGGGAGGCGUCUGCUCCACCAGCUGGUGGGUGUUUGUCAUCGCCAAGCAGCAGUUAUAGUCACAGCCACGUCACUCACAGCUGAACAUUGGUUGGUGGAAAAUAAACUAGGAGCAGCAGGUGACGUUAAAAA